UUGCAGGUACGAUGGCUCGUGUCUUCGUCUACGGCACGCUUAAGAAGGGCCAGCCCAACUACAAGCACAUGAUCAACACGGCCAAGGGGCUAGCGAAAUUCCAAGGAAGGGGCCGCACGGUGGAGAAGUACCCGCUGGUGAUUGCAGGAAAAUACAACAUUCCUUACAUGCUGAACAUCCCGGGAACAGGACACCACGUUGCUGGGGAGAUUUACUCGGUUGACGACCAGAUGCUGCAGUUCCUGGAUGAGUUUGAAGGCUGCCCAGACAUGUACCAGCGUACCCUGAUGAGAAUCGAGGUGGUGGAGUGGGAAGGGAAGGGCGACACGGGCGAGGCGCGGGCAGCUGCCGAGGGCAUCGUGGAGUGCUUCGUGUACAGCACGACGACGUACCCGCCCGAGUGGGUCGGCCUCCCCUACCAUGACAGUUACGACUCCUCGGGGAAACACGGCCUCUCCUACAUCCUACGCGAAAGCCGGGAUUAGAAAAGGGAGAUAACGCAGCCCGGCCGAAGACGUAGUACUAAGCACGUGUCGAUCGGUAACCUUUCCAGGAAAGCUGUAAUACCUUUCUAUUAAAACACAGGAUCUCUUGUAACCUUCCCAACCCGGGAGCCUUGGCGCUAGUGUUGAAGUCUUGUAGGCCCAGAGAUGGGGACUUGUCCCUGGCUAGUCAGCGUCCUCCUCGCCCCCGCUAACCUGCUGCAAGUAACUGGGUUUGCAUGAGGCGUAAAAUAACUGUAUCAUCUGUGCACAUCUGUUUUGGGAUCUAGUUAUUCCCCCCUUCCCCCCCCCCCGUCGUUGCCUCAGUGCAGGACUGAGGUCAGUGAAAGGCAGAGGAACAGACUAAUUUUUUUACCUGAACUGACAAAUUUUCUUGUGUAGUUCUCCGAGGUGGGUGGAAUAAUGAUGGUACUAUUGCACUAAUAGCUAAAAGUGAUUAAAAAAAAAUCAUGUCUGCAAACAAAGUAAAGCACAACUCGCGUUUAAUACUGACUUGUAAUGGUGUUUAGUAGGUUACUGAAUGUUAACAGGAGAGAUGACCGUAUAGAUACCAU